AUGGAAAUAGUAACACUCCAAUUCGGAAACUUGACUAACCAUGUAAUGACUCACUACUGGAACAUCCAAGAUGAGAAGUUGAAAAAUCCCGAGAUCCAGCCAAGUACCGAGAUGUAUGAACUUGAUCAUAAAGAAGGAUACUACCCAUUCACAAUAUUUUUUGACAGAAAGGACAUGUUUGGGAACUAUUUUGGUUGCUUCAAUGAAGAAAGAAUUGAUCCUCUAGAGGCUCAGGACGAUAUAAUAAACCAAUGGCAGGGAGGAUAUAUUGUAAAUGAGCAGGACUACAUUGAAAAAUCAGAAUUUGCAAAUGCCUUAGAUGGUAUCGAUGAAGAAAUCGAGGCAGAGAAACAUCGUAAACAACAAGAGCAAGAAGAGCAAGAGAGAUAUUCCUCGAUGCUAUUGAAUAAGGCAUCAAGCGAUAAUCGUCAGAAUAUGUUCGCGGAAUUCUUGAAAGCUAGCAUGCAACAUGAGGAAGAGGACAAAAAGCAAGAAGAAGCUAAAGAAGAGUCUAAAGAGCCAGAGAAAUGAGAAGAUUUAUACAGAAAAUUCAAGUUUGAUGAAGGAAAUGUCAGAUACUUUACUGAUUACUUACAACCCCAACUUAGCCCGAAGAGCAGAAUUGAAAUUCCAUAUCAUCAAGGAAGCUGGUCCAUUUUUAGCGAAGGAGGAUUGAUGCUUCAGGACAAGUAUCUCCUUGAAGAUGUGACAGAUCAGUUUAGAAACAUGCUUGAGAAAACAGACAAUAUGCAGGCUCUUCGAGUCCUUGCAGAUAUUGACUGAGGAUUCGGAUCUUUUGCUGCAAAAUAUAUCGAAGAAAUUAAAGAUGAAAUUCCAAAGAAAACAAUUGUUCUCUACAGUUUAACUGGUCCUGAUGUAAACACAAACAUGUUUACUGACGAAAGACAAUCAAUUACAAAAGAACUUAGAAGUUAUAACCUUCCAUUUGCUGUUGCCUCAUUUAACGAAUUGGUAAAUGCAAAUAUUCCUAUUGAUCUGAAUUACCAAGGACAAAUUAAAAGAUUCGGAGAAUAUAUCACAGAUUUCAAAGGAGACUCUCUGUUUAAUACUAGUUCGAUCCCAGCCUUAGCUUUGAAUGAUUUCUGGGCACCUCUUAGAAGUAGAAAGCCAGCUCAUACUGUUGAUACUAUUCUCAAUCCUUUGGUCAUGUUUGAUAAAGCAAAUAUAAUCUUGAACAACAUUAAAGUUCCGUUUAUUAAAGAACCAGAGUUUAGUGGAGGAAUCAAUAAAAUGUUCGAAGAAAACCAACUUGAAGAAUGAUGGACAAAGAAAGAGUUCAUUCAUUUAUCGUCUCCAUUUUGGGGACCCCUCCAAAAAUCAAAGCCUUAUCAUAUCCAAAUGAAUUGGAGUGGAUCUGUCCAUAACAAGUUUGGACAUGCAAAAGUUUUAGACCAAGCAAGGGAUUACUGAAAUGAAAAAUUUGGAUGAUACAAUAUUAAUCUGAUUGAGGAAAGAACUUUGCUACCAAUACCAUUUCCAAGAUUUUUAUCACCUAAAUUUAACUGUAAUGGAGAAUUGGCUCACAAAGAUACUAAAGAAUUUAUGAACAACAUCAGCACUCUAUCUUCUCUUUACUGCACCGGAGAUAUUGGAAUGAUAAUCGAAAAUGUGUUCCUAAAAACAGUUAAAAACAUUCCUUAUAAGCACAGACAACAAUUUAUAAAAGAGGAUUAUAUGGAAGAAGAUGAUCUCAUUGAAACAAGAGAGAAGAUGCAAAACAUAGCAGAUGCAUAUAUGGAUUAAAGUCAGCAUAAACACAAUAACUAAGUAUAAUUUCAAUUAUCUAUA